AUGUUUUAUGUGAUCACCUGCAUAGAUGACAGCAGAAGAGUUAUUGUGAAAGACAUGGAAUCAGACUAUAUCAAUGCUAGCUAUAUAGACGGUUAUAAACGACAAAAGGCUUAUAUAGCAUCUCUGGGACCAACAAUUAAACAAAUGGGUGAUGAUUUUGGAGUGUUCUGGAACAUGGUCUGGCAAGAAAGAGUUUGUAAAAUAGUCAUGCUGACCAAUCUGACAGAGCUAGGGGUGAAAAAAUGUGACAAGUACUGGCCAGAUAAAGACAUGUGUUGCACCUAUGGAGAUGUAAAAGUUACAGGUAAAUCCGAGGAAAUCUAUACCUGUUUUACUGUCAGAAUAUUCUCCAUCGAGAAAUUUGAAAAGAGAGUACUUUAUCAAAUGCACUUUACUGCAUGGCCAGACAAAAGUACACCUAAAGAUGCACAUACCAUUGUAGAGUUUUGGGAGAAAGUCACAAGAAUACCUACGUUCGAGCUAGGGCCCAUGAUAGUACACUGCAGUGCCGGGGUUGGACGAACAGGUACAUUUAUUGCAUUGGACAUACUAGCGAAUGAGGGAGUUUCCGAGAGAACAGUGGAUAUAUUUGCAUGUGUCAGAAAUCUCAGAGAGGAUCGAGUUAGUUUAGUACAAACAGUGGAACAGUACAGAUUCCUUCACGACGCUUUGGUACUGCUGCUUGAUUCUCACACAUCUGUGAAGGCUCUGCUUGCAAACAAUGCAACCAUUCAGAAUGAUUCUCCCGACAAAAUAAGCAAGACUGCUGAAUAAACUAAGGAGAGACAAUUGAAACAAUUAUGUUGUACAAUAGAAUAAUUGUGUUUAUUCCAAUAAUUGUGUAAAUAAUGAUAUUAACUAGUAUGAAUAAGGUUCUUUCCGUAUGUAAUAUUAGAGAGAAUAAUAGUUAUGUAAUAUUUAUAUUUAUUUCUUUUGGUGAUUGCAACAUUGUUACCGUCAUUGUUACGUUCACAUGUAUAUAUACAAUAGGUUUAACCGUUUUACAUGAAAUUGCAUGCAUGGUUUCAACAUUUUUACUAUUCUAUUUGAUGUUUUAUAUUUGCUACUUAUUAAUACUAUAUGCUAUUGCGUUUUUCAAUAUUUAUGACAAAAUUUUGAUAAGUAAAUUUCAUAAUGAAAGUUUAUUCAUUUAUUGAUGUAAUGAUACAAAUACAUUUAUAUGUUUAUAUGCCGUUUCAACUACAUGCAUAUUGUAUGUGUAUAUUGUAACUAUUUUGAUAUUUUUGCCUUUCUAAAGAUAAUGUGGUCAUGUUGAUUAUCUUUUUAUAUAUUUGUAUUGUAUUGUAUAUAGGCUUUUGUUAGGAACAUGAACAUUAAUAUUGGCGAAUUCUAAGGCAUAUCGUUUUUAGAAUUUCAUUUACAAACUUCGAUAAUUCUCAUUGUAAUAAGAACAUCUCUAAGCAACAUUAUUAAUUACAAUAAGACAUUUUAAGUUUUGCUCCUUAAUAGUGACACUGGUCCGUUAAAGUUAAUCUUAGAUGUUUACAAUUGAAAUGGCUUUCUGAAAUAUUUCAAAUUUUCCCAGCAUUUUCUACAAUAUAAAACCUGUUAUAUUUUUAAUGGUCACCAUUUACUUUCAAUUGAGCAUGAAAUAAAAUUGUGUUUAAAUAAAUAUUUGAUUUAAGGUUUUUUUUAUUUUGAUUUUCAGUUAACCAAUCAGACCUAAAGUACCUUAUAAUGCAAUGU